AUGUCGUUCUCAAGGUCAUCGACUGUGACUUUAGGUCGAGAAAAUGCACCCAAUCACCAAAGUCAACUUGAAGCCGACCAUGUCCGACCGGAACCAACCGACCUUGACCUGCUAGAUGAGGACCGUGGAGAUCCCUUCCCGAAACGCCUCAUCAUUGCGGUAGACUUCGGUACCACUUACUCAGCGGUUUCUUACGUCGACGUACCCCAAGGAUGUCCAUCCGAUUCCGUCGACUCGAGGUCCAUUCGUUCGAUUGGAAACUACCCGGAGAAUUACAACUACGGCUAUAAUGAUCCAAUGGGUAUGGAGGUUCCUACCGAGGUGAUGUAUCCCUUGGACCGCCACUUUCGCGACCAUUUUAAUCUCGAUAAUCCUGAGGAACAUUUGGAAAACGGAGAUGGCGUUGAGGUGCCUGUACUUGUACCUGAUGAAGACGGCGACAUCUCCAUGCUAUCAGACGUGUCAGAGGAGUUUCGAUGGGGUUACCGAGUACAUGAAGUCUGGAAUCGUCCGUCUACACACUCCAACACCACCAACCAGCCUUUGUCUCGAUUCAAGCUCUUACUUGACACUAGUGAAAGAACUGAGUCUGUAAGGCAAGAAUUGAGACAGACAAUCAACACGCUUAAGAGACGGAACGUAAUUCAAGGGCACCUCCACGUCAUCGCUGAUUUUCUCACCUACCUUCUGGAGCAUACUCGGUCCCAGUUGCGUCGUCAAGGCUUUGAUGAUAGUUACGAGAAAGAAAUGAUACUUUGUGUUCCUGCUAUAUGGACGCAGAAAGCAUGCCGAGACAUGCAGGCAUGCCUAGCAGUAGCCAUGAAACGUGCCAGCUUCACGAAAGUUGGUUUACAGAAUAAGAGCGUUGAUAACCUCUUCAUCGUGUCGGAACCUGAGGCAGCAGCUGCAUACAUGCUUUCCACUUCGGCUGAAAUUAAGGCCGGAGAUUGCUUUGUUAUACUUGACGCAGGGGGCGGAACUGUCGACGUGAACACAUAUCGAGUCAGCAGAGAGGAGCCAUUGAGGCUAGAGACCGAGAUAGUGGCUCCUGGAGGCGGUCUGCAUGGAUCUAGUUACCUGAACGAAGGUUUCCGGAAGUAUCUCGAAGAUCUCCUUUCCGAAGAAACAUACCUCAACGACGGCAUCGAAACCAUUCAUGGAAUAGUGGAGAAGAUAACAUUCGAAGAGUUCGAAAAGCGGAUUAAGCGGGGCUUUGACUAUAAGCAGCAGACGUCGAGAAAGGAGAUUUAUAUCAAAGGACUUCGUGAUAAUCCUGCUAAGGGUUUCAGAAAUGAAUGCCUUUACAUUCCGAGACUUAAGAUCCGAGAGAUCUUUUUCACACAUCUAGAUGCUAUUGUUGAGAUUGUGAAGAGCCAACUCGACGAAGCAAGGGGGAAAGGAUACACUGUUCGGAAAGUUGUUCUCAUUGGAGGAUUUGGAACUUCGAUCUCACUCAGCCAAAGAUUACAAGAGUUCUUAGAGGAAUACGGCCGAGAAUAUCAUUGCCGCGUCACAUUGAUGGAACCUCAGCAAGGAACUUCCAUCAUCAAUGCCGUAGCAUCAGGAGCUGUCCUUAGAGCUCUUAAUAAAGCGAAUGGACCGGAGAGAAUAGCUCGUUCAAGUUAUGGUAUAUUACGAACCGAGCCUUUCGGACUAUACCCCGAGCAUACGGGUCUAACGCCGUCUUAUGAUCGCCAUGACGGGAUGCCAUACAUCAAGCAAACAAUUGAUUGGGUUUUACCGCUAGGAGAAAAGGUUGCAUCAGUAUGGCAGUGUAAGCCCUUCACCUGUUGUCAUACAUUCGACUUCUGGCCUGUCCGUCCCUUUAUCUGUAAGGAGAUUCUUUACGUAUCGGAUAUUUCGACAAAAUCACACUAUAGGAAGACUCAUCCUAAUAACCAAGGUGCCGAGUAUGUUGGCGAAAUUGAGGUAGACUUCUCUUCUCUUCGAGAUCAGUUAGUCCCAAUUGAGCCGCUUCUUAAUAAAAAGCAACAAAAGGUUGGAAAGAAGCAUUAUAGAAUCGACUUUACCAUGGAGAUUAAAGUUGUAGAUCGUGACUUGGAAUGUUUCGCCAUCCAUGACCAGAGAGUAGUCAAGAAAUGUCGCAUAAACAUCGCGUCUGGUUUCAGGCCUGGGGUCAAAUAA